GAUCGCGAGCGGCCGGCGCGGGCCUGGCUGGUCAGCGGGCGGGCAGAGAAGGCCGCACAGGCGGGCGCCGAACAGAUCUGGGCUGGGGAGGGCGAGGCCGAGGGUCCAGAGACGCCUGCGGCUGGCGGCGAGAGGCGGCCCGGGCUUGCGGGCGGAAGUGCAAGGGCGGCCGCGUGGAGGCCCGGCGGGCCGCGCGUCUAGGUGACCUUCCCCGGCGGCGCCCUCUGGCCCUGGAUCCCACCAGCGUGCAUCCGGCGGGGACCCGUUCGCCGCCCACGCUCGCCGGACCAGGCCAGCGGGCGGGUGCCGGCCACGCUGCCGCCUCGGGGAUGAGCUCACGUGACGACCGUGGCCCCGAGUCCCCAGGCCCACGCGCCCUGGCCGGCCCACGCCCGCAGAAGCUGGCGCCCGGCACCGCCCGCCUGUGCCAGAGCCUUCUAGAGCGGAACGCGCCGGCCGAGAGUCGACUUAGGCGGUAGAGGCCGGAGCUCGGGCCUGGGCUGAAGGUUUGGCCUCGGAAAAGGAGGCCCCACGGGGAAGGAUGUGGCCUUCUUGGUCUUAGGAGUGAUUACUGGUUCGGUCGUUCAUUCAUUCGCCAAAUGCGGCGGUGCAUUCUGGAAACUGUUUCGGAGCCUAAAUUUGGAUUAGAGGCCCGCAGUCUUAGUGGUUUGUACAAGGAAGAUGCUUCUGAAGCACUGAAGUCCACUUCGCCCUUGAUGGAAUUUCCCGUGGUGCAGUGUCUUCGGUGGUAGUGACUGGAAGAGGCGCAUGUGUGGUUGAGGACCAGCCGAAGCUUGGAGGCAGCCCCUCCUGGUGCUCAGAGAUUCUGUAGUCUGCGGCUUUGGGUUUUCCAUGGAGUCCUGUGGUAGCCACUGAGAAAAGCAGAAGAUGGCUGUGCCACCCACGUAUGCCGAUCUUGGCAAAUCUGCCAGGGAUGUCUUCACCAAGGGCUAUGGAUUUGGCUUAAUAAAGCUUGAUUUGAAAACAAAAUCUGAGAAUGGAUUGGAAUUUACAAGCUCAGGCUCAGCCAACACUGAGACCACCAAAGUGACGGGCAGUCUGGAAACCAAGUACAGAUGGACUGAGUACGGCCUGACGUUUACAGAGAAAUGGAAUACCGACAAUACACUAGGCACCGAGAUUACUGUGGAAGAUCAGCUUGCACGUGGACUGAAGCUGACCUUCGAUUCAUCCUUCUCACCUAACACUGGGAAAAAAAAUGCUAAAAUCAAGACAGGGUACAAGCGGGAGCACAUUAACCUGGGCUGCGACAUGGAUUUCGACAUUGCUGGGCCUUCCAUCCGGGGUGCUCUGGUGCUAGGUUACGAGGGCUGGCUGGCCGGCUACCAGAUGAAUUUUGAGACUGCAAAAUCCCGAGUGACCCAGAGCAACUUUGCAGUUGGCUACAAGACUGAUGAAUUCCAGCUUCACACUAAUGUGAAUGACGGGACAGAGUUUGGCGGCUCCAUUUACCAGAAAGUGAACAAGAAGUUGGAGACCGCUGUCAAUCUUGCCUGGACAGCAGGAAACAGUAACACGCGCUUCGGAAUAGCAGCCAAGUAUCAGAUUGACCCUGACGCCUGCUUCUCGGCUAAAGUGAACAACUCCAGCCUGAUAGGUUUAGGAUACACUCAGACUCUAAAGCCAGGUAUUAAACUGACACUGUCAGCUCUUCUGGAUGGCAAGAACGUCAAUGCUGGUGGCCACAAGCUUGGUCUAGGACUGGAAUUUCAAGCAUAAAUGAAUACUGUACAAUUGUUUAAUUUUAAACUAUUUUGCAGCAUAGCUACCUUCAGAAUUUAGUGUAUCUUUUAAUGUUGUAUGUCUGGGAUGCAAGUAUUGCUAAAUAUGUUAGCCCUCCAGGUUAAAGUUGAUUCAGCUUUAAGAUGUUACCCUUCCAGAGGUACAGAAGAAACCUAUUUCCAAAAAAGGUCCUUUCAGUGGUAGACUGGGGGAGAACUUGGUGGCCCCUUUGAGAUGCCAGGUUUCUUUUUUAUCUAGAAAUGGCUGCAAGUGGAAGCGGAUAAUAUGUAGGCACUUUGUAAAUUCAUAUUGAGUAAAUGAAUGAAAUUGUGAUUUCCUGAGAAUCAAACCUUGGUUUCCUAACCCUAAUUGAUGAGAGGCUCGCUGCUUGAUGGUGUGUACAAACUCACCUGAAUGGGACUUUUUUAGACAGAUCUUCAUGACCUGUUCCCACCCCAGUUCAUCAUCAUCUCUUUUACACCAAAAGGUCUGCAGGGUGUGGUAACUGUUUCUUUUGUGCCAUUUUGGGGUGGAGAAGGUGGAUGUGAUGAAGCCAAUAAUUCAGGACUUAUUCCUUCUUGUGUUGUGUUUUUUUUUUUGCCCUUGCACCAGAGUAUGAAAUAGCUUCCAGGAGCUCCAGCUAUAAGCUUGGAAGUGUCUGUGUGAUUGUAAUCACAUGGUGACAACACUCAGAAUCUAAAUUGGACUUCUGUUGUAUUCUCACCACUCAAUUUGUUUUUUAGCAGUUUAAUGGGUACAUUUUAGAGUCUUCCAUUUUGUUGGAAUUAGAUCCUCCCCUUCAAAUGCUGUAAUUAACAACACUUAAAAAAACUUGAAUAAAAUAUUGAAACCUCA